CAGUUUGUUUCUUUUCAGACCCCAGCGCGGGCGGUAUGGGCAACCCGGGCGUGGGCGGCGCGGGCGCACAGCAGUACGGCGAGGUGAACCAGCUGGGCGGCGUGUUCGUCAACGGUCGGCCGCUGCCCAACGCCGUACGCCUGCGGAUUGUGGAGCUAGCCCAGUUAGGGAUCAGGCCAUGUGACAUCAGUCGACAGUUAAGGGUGUCCCAUGGGUGCGUGUCGAAGAUCUUAGCGCGAUACCACGAAACGGGCUCCAUACUGCCAGGAGCUAUUGGGGGCUCCAAACCCAGGGUCACCACACCUAAGGUUGUUUCCUACAUAAAACAGUUGAAAGCGAAAGACCCCGGUAUCUUCGCGUGGGAGAUCCGCGACAGACUGCUGGCGGACGGCGUCUGCGACAAGUACAACGUGCCCUCAGUCUCCAGCAUCAGCAGGAUACUGAGGAAUAAGCUGGGAGGCGGCGGACUGUACCCCGUGCCCCCGCUGUACCCUGUACCCCCGCAGAGGUGUUGGCCUCUACAUCAGCCUUACGACUAUUAUGUGUACCUUCAGGGUCGACAGCACGCAGCGAGCAAUCCCCACUCGCUGCCCCACCCUCACCAGCAACCGCCGCCUCCUCACCACACGCACGCACUCUGACAAACGUGCUGUCUAAUUCGCGCUAUUUCCUGACAGCUGCGCUACUCGUUAGACGCCGGUUCCUGAAGGAAGCACAUACUCUCAAGCUAAACAUCGUUUCCAGACCAAACCGUACGCAUUAUGAGCGCGCUAGUCGCCGAUAAAGUGCCAAUAGUGAAACUGUUGACGCGCUAUACGGUAAUCUGAAAAUCUGAAAAGUGCGCUAUUUCCCACAAACGUGAUCUGUGCAGUGUAUUGUGCGGUUUAUAAGACAGUGGAGUAUUUGACUGGGAGGACGAGUGCAAUUCAUGAGGACCAUUCUUAAAGUGCAGAGACAUUGUAGAUAUAAGAUUUAAAGCACCAUGACUGAAAAGGUUGAAGCAUUUGGUAAGGGUUACGUGAUAAUGCUCAACUGAGUGAUAGUGUUGUGGUAGAUGUGACGUGAUUAAAUUAUAUUUGUUUUUGUUGCAUGUCAAAAAAAUAUAGACAACGGCUAAGAUCUGGAUAUCAAUAUGAAAUUGAAGUGUCAUAUUUUUUAUUUUGCGGUUGGGGCAUGAAAGGCAAUGAAAAUAUUUGUCAGUGUUGCCAACAAGGUUUACGAAUGAUUACAAAGUAUUAAACAAUUAGUGUAAAUAAUUAUCUAUUAAUUACAGCGUU